GAGGCACUUCCGCCGAGGCCAUGGCGCCCGUGUCCCGCUCGCGGAGCCCAGCGGAGACGCCGCCCUCGCGGCGGGAGCGGAGCGGCAGCUCGACCAGCCCGUCCCCGCCCAGGUCCAGCCGCUGCAAGAGUUCCCGCGCCCGGUCCCGAUCCCACGAUCGCGGCAGCAGCGGCGGGUUUCGUCAGCGCCCCGGGCCCCCUCACCCCUUCGGGCCCCGGCCGGGCCCCGAGCACUACGGCAAGGAGCAGGAAGAGUCGCUGAGGCAGAGGCGACUAAACGAGAGGGAGAGAAUAGGUGAGCUUGGAGCACCUGAAGUUUGGGGGGUCUCGCCCAAAGUUCCCGACCGGGACUCUGAUGAGCACACCCCUGCAGAAGACGAGGGGGGUGCAUCUAAAAAGAGCAGCUCCUCUGGUUCCAGCUCAGAAGAGGAGCAGAGGAAGAAAAAGAAGAGGAAGAAGAGAAAGGCUGCUUCACGUGAGGAGGGGGGAAAGAAAGCCAAGAAGAGGAAAAAGAAGCAUAGGAAAAAGAAGUCCAAGAAAAGAAAGAGUAAGAAAAGCAGGGAGGUGAGCAGCAGCGAAGACUCCGAUGGUGACCAACAGCAAGAGGGGGAUCUCUGGACUGAGAGAGUAAGAAAUGCAGAUGGGGAAGGUUUCAUAGGACCAGAAGCUCCCAUUACCCAUGCCUCUCAAGAGGACCGACCCUUGAACUAUGGGCACGCUUUACUCCCCGGCGAAGGCGCUGCCAUGGCCGAGUAUGUAAAAGCUGGGAAACGCAUCCCUAGGAGAGGUGAGAUUGGCCUAACCAGCGAAGAGAUUGCGUCAUUUGAGAAGUCUGGCUACGUGAUGAGCGGCAGCAGGCACCGGAGAAUGGAAGCUGUGCGCCUGCGGAAGGAGAACCAGAUCUACAGUGCAGAUGAAAAGAGGGCCCUGGCGUCUUUCAACCAGGAGGAGAGGCGGAAGAGGGAGAACAAGAUUCUGGCAAGCUUCCGAGAGAUGGUCUACAGGAAAACCCAGGGCAAAGAUGACAAAUGAACUGGAUGCUUCUUCUUGUGUAUAUUGACAAGCGACACCUGUUAACAGCGAUCUGUAAACGGGUGUCCAGCGUCACAAGCCAACUUGCAGGGCAUACUCCAGGUUGAACUUCAGAAAAUGGUUUGUGUGUAUCAAAUAAGAACAUUGACAGGUGUAUGUGGACAGCCCGGUUUCGCCAAUUUGCUGCAUGGUGUUGCCAGCAGCAGAAGGACAAUGGUCUAAAUGAAACAAGGAAUGCUCUCUUGCAAACCUUCCCAAAAUAUUGCUAGGAAUCCAAUAUAUUGUGCCAGUUGGUGACUUCAAAAAACACUUUGUAAAAUCCUGAGCAGCAAACCAAGACUUAUGCAACUGAAACUUGGCUUUGUUUAAAAUCAUUUGCUAAGAGAAUGUUGGGUUUGAGCCACAGAGAGUGUGGAUCAAAGAGAUCUUCCUCUCACCGCUACCUCCUGAAAAUUCAAACACCUGCCCACCUAAUUUCAGUUCCUAGGGAAAACACUAAAUAUACUUGUAAUUUUUGGUAAAAGUUAGGCCAGCUCCAGCUUCUUUUUCACCAGUAGGUGCACCUUGUAAACAUUCCCGUUUUUCUAUUAUGCUCACAAAACAUAAACCUUUGGUCUGAUCUGGCAGGCCUCUUCUGAUGAAGUGCUGACAUGCGUUUCGUCUUCAAAGGACAAUGAAUUCAAAAUUUGUGACUACAUGGCAUAACCGCUUCUUCUUUGGAAAUGGUUUGUGAAGUUGGUUCACAAACUUGUAGAAUUAAAACAUGCCCAAAUGGAAAUCGGAGAAGAAAUCGGAGUCAGCCCAUGUUUAGUGUUUAUACUAGAAAAUGGUUUAUAAAUGUAUUCAACUCCAGCUAUAUUAAACGCAUUCUAGUACA